AACAGGAGCCCAGAGUAUGUGUGGCUGCACGCACAGUACCCAGGACCAACGGGAGCCCAGUCCUGCAGCCCCAGCAUCUACUUUAACACCUGAGAAAAUGCCCAAAAGCAUUUCAAUAUCCAAACAACUGGCUUCGAUAAAAGCUCUACACAAGGGCUCAGAUCUGGAAAAAGCCAUCGCCACCGCCACUCUGAUUUUCAGAAACUCUUCUGACCCUGAUGGUAAACUUGGAAAAGCUACGGCCAAAAAUCUGCUACAGACCCAAUUUAGGAACUUCACAGAGGGACAGGAAACCAAACCAAGAUACAAAGACCUCCUUUCUGAACUUGACGAACAUACAGAAAAUAAGCUGGAUUUUGAGGAUUUCAUGAUCUUACUGUUAAGCCUCACUAUAAUGUCAGAUUUGCUCCAAAAUAUAUGGAGUGUAAAAAUUAUGCAAUAAACAGCUUUAAAUAGAUAGUUAGACAAUUUAAUGG